UUGUUCCAGAGCAAAAAGCAGUACCUUCGAUUCCGAGAAGCUCAUUUCGUGUGUCUUCGUCGAGCAGAGCAGACGUGUGUCCUCCCUAUUUCUGUCCUCAGCAGCCAGAGCGAGCGUGUGUGUGGUGUUUGUCUCAGUGUGAACCUUGCUGUUUGUUCCCCGAAUUUAGGUGAACGAACCGUCCCGCGCGCCCAAGUGCACAUUUUCUUCGCGAAAGCCUCGAUAAAAAACACUUCACCGUCAAAAUGAGAGAAAUCGUCCACAUUCAGGCCGGCCAGUGCGGAAACCAGAUUGGAGCUAAGUUCUGGGAAAUUAUCUCCGAUGAGCACGGUAUCGAUGCGACCGGUGGAUACCACGGCGACUCAGAUCUGCAGCUAGAGCGCAUCAACGUGUACUACAAUGAGGCGUCCGGUGGCAAGUACGUGCCGCGUGCCGUGCUGGUCGAUCUCGAGCCCGGUACCAUGGACUCGGUCCGCUCCGGCCCAUUCGGACAGAUCUUCCGCCCGGACAACUUCGUGUUCGGACAGUCGGGCGCCGGUAACAACUGGGCCAAGGGCCACUACACCGAGGGUGCCGAGCUGGUCGACUCCGUGCUCGACGUGGUGCGCAAGGAGGCCGAAUCCUGCGACUGCCUGCAGGGCUUCCAGCUGACCCACUCGCUCGGUGGCGGUACCGGCUCCGGCAUGGGCACGCUGCUGAUCUCGAAAAUCCGCGAGGAGUACCCGGACCGCAUCAUGAACACAUACUCGGUCGUGCCGUCGCCGAAGGUGUCGGACACCGUGGUCGAACCGUACAACGCUACCCUCUCCGUGCACCAGCUGGUCGAAAACACCGACGAGACGUACUGUAUCGACAAUGAAGCUCUCUACGACAUCUGCUUCCGCACGCUGAAGCUGACCACACCGACGUACGGCGAUCUGAACCAUCUCGUCUCGCUGACGAUGUCCGGCGUCACCACCUGCCUGCGGUUCCCGGGUCAGCUGAACGCCGAUCUGCGCAAGCUGGCGGUCAACAUGGUGCCGUUCCCGCGUCUCCAUUUCUUCAUGCCCGGUUUCGCGCCGCUGACGUCGCGCGGCUCGCAACAGUACCGCGCGCUGACCGUGCCGGAGCUGACGCAACAGAUGUUCGACGCGAAGAACAUGAUGGCGGCCUGUGAUCCACGACACGGUCGCUACCUGACGGUGGCAGCCGUGUUCCGCGGCCGCAUGUCGAUGAAGGAGGUGGACGAGCAGAUGCUGAACAUCCAGAACAAGAACAGCAGCUACUUCGUCGAGUGGAUCCCGAACAACGUCAAGACCGCCGUCUGUGAUAUUCCGCCGCGAGGACUGAAGAUGUCGGCCACCUUCAUCGGCAACUCGACCGCCAUCCAGGAGCUGUUCAAGCGCAUCUCGGAGCAGUUCACCGCUAUGUUCCGCCGCAAGGCUUUCUUGCAUUGGUACACGGGUGAGGGUAUGGAUGAGAUGGAGUUCACCGAGGCGGAGAGCAACAUGAACGAUCUGGUGUCGGAGUACCAGCAGUACCAGGAGGCGACCGCCGACGAGGACGCCGAGUUCGACGAGGAGCAGGAGGCUGAGGUUGACGAGAACUAAGCAGCUUUUGGUGUCUUGGGUGUAUCGUUUUGCGUGCGCGCCGCCGCGAGCCCUGUGAAAGUCAUCACCAUCCCCCACAGCAGCAGCAGCAGCAGCAGCAACAGCACCUGCGCCUCCCUCUCCCCGGAACCACUCGCUUUCUUCCACUGUCCCAUUCAUUCAUCAAAACCAGCGCGACAACACUCCCUCGUUCUUCUAUACAACUGUCACUUGUUGUGUGUGUGUCCCUCCCUCCUGCUUUGUUCUCUGUACGCAAGCAGCAGCAUAAAAAUGGAGGACAGAAAGCUGCAACGGUUUUCAAAAAGCAACAAAAAACGCACUUCCUUCCCGGAGACAGAGAAACAAAUAUAGGCGCUUUUUUGUGGGCCGUGUUGGUUCCACUGAAAAAAAAACAAAACCUAAUUGUCCCUAACCGUUCUUCAUUGUUAUAUUGUAAUACGUGCUACAACACCCCCUUUAUCAUCAUCCCCUUUUGGCUCUGUGUUUCGCGCUACUCUUCUUCGGAAGAUUCUCACCAUUUAUUCAUCGUCACCACCACCAUCAUACGAAACGAACACAAACGCACACACACACACACGUUAUACACGCAACAAAAUACACUUGAACAAACCUCCACCAACACAAAAUGGAGAGGAUUUAAGAGCAAAACUACACACGGUGUAUUUUAAAGAUCCAGUUAAAGAUCAGAUCAGUGUCCACACAACACACAUUAUUUUGACACAAAACUCCAUCUCACACAAUCCAACGUUGUCCUUGGACAUCGGUAGUUGGUGUGUGUGUGUGUUUGUCCAUCAUAGAUGAGAAAGCUUAAGUGAAAAGGAUCAAGGGAAACAAACAAAAUCGCAAGCAUUUACAUCAGAAUCACACAGAAGAUGCACGUGUGUGUGUGAUGUGAGAAAGACAAUUGUAUUUAUUAAAAAAAAGAUCGCGUGUUGCAUUCAGUGUGAGCUCCAAAUCCUUAAAGGAGAGCGAGAGAGAGAGAGGUGGUGUUAUGUCCUAGUUUUUAAGGCAGGGAUGUUAAUUCCAUUUUCCGGCAUAGGGAGCGUCGUUUUCCCCCCAUUUCGCCGUAAACUGUUUUUCCACGCACACACUGUGUCACGCACAAUGCUUGCAAAACAAAGGAGUGUUCAGUAUUCUAAUGCCAACAAUUCUCUCCCACUGAGAAGCUUUUUCUUCCUCUGAUGCGCAACACAGACCCGUGCCGCGCCGUGUUCAAGCGUGUGUGCUUUGUGGUCGUGCGUGAACGCGAAUCUAAUUGCGUAUGAAAUUUAGAGGAGAGUGACAAAACACAGAACAUCAUCGAGUCGUGCGUGUGUGUGUGCGGGCGUGUAUUCUACACGUUUUGAAUUAAUGCGCUCUCUUCCCCUCACUCCACCUGCAUCUUACCAUCUCAUACACACUGCGGCCAUCCCCCAUUUAUGCACGCCCACACUGUUGGUAUGUGUGUGUCAUAUGCACGGUCUCUUGAAAA